UGUGGCGGCGGAGUGAAGAGAAAGGAAUGUAACCCAUUGUUGGAUUCGGUUGGGUAGUUCCAGCGGUCCGCAACUUAAAAUUUAUGUCCUCUUAUGUUAGAACAACAGUAGACAUGGUUAUGGAAAAAUCGCUGUACCUGUAGCAUGUGUUUUGUGUGCUCGCAUCCAACUUCUUACCUUUUAUGUCACGGAGUCUCAUCUCUCGAAUCAUGGACGAUAAUCACAAGUCUGAACAUGAACACCAAGAAGGUGAGGAUUCUUCUGUGCAAGAAGAGUCGGAUGAAAUCCUUCUGCCCAAAUCCUUGUUGAAGGAACUCUCUGAUGGCAGACGAUCAUCUCUGGCUGAUCGUCGAGACUCAGAAACCUUAUCAGAAGUGGAAGAAGAAUACCUACGCAAAAUGCUCUCUGAAAGAAGAGGAUCCUUUCGUCCUCAGCCAAAAGCUACAGUUCCUUACCAAGUGCAACCAUCAGACACGCUUGAAGGGAUUGCCAUCAGGUACAACAUCACGCUUUCCGAACUCACCGUUUUGAAUAAAUUGAGCUCAAGAGUGGUUUUCCCUGGUCAGACAAUUUAUAUACCUGAGAAGAAUAGUCUUCAAACUUUGGAAGAAAUAUUGAAGCAAAGUGCUGCUGCUGUUGCAUCUUCAUCAGAACAAAAUAGCCCUAAACCUGGUCACGUAGAACGUGUGCCUGGAACAGAUGGUGAAAAAUCAACAGCGGAAUUAUUGGAAGGAAAAAAGGAUGAUUUAAAUUUGGAACAAACAGAUAAAAGUGUUUCGGAAGGAACAAAAGAAUCUUUGAGAGUGAAUUCCAAAUAUGUGACAGAUGGUGAAGGUGUAGUGAAUGGUGUUCUAAUUGUUACUUCCAACCACAUUAUUUUUGAUCCGAACGUGUCAGAUCCUUUGGUGAUUGAAUAUGGAAUGGACAAAUAUGGUGUGGAUGCACCCAUGGCCUACAUUGUCCGAGCUGCUCUCUAUACGGACAUCUUUCGAAUGCGAACCAAAGAUCCCUCUCUCUCAAGUAGUAAUGAGACCAAAGUAAAUGUUUACCACUCCAAAAAUCUAAGCAUGAAGAAAAGCAAGUCUCAUAAUGAGAAAUUGGGAAAACCGGAGAAGUCAAAACAUGGCCGUCGCUUUAGCUCGUUUGAAAUAGGAUCAAAGCGAAGUGAUAUCCCCAUUAGCAACUCCUUUCAAGAGAACCUUGCAAAGAUAUGUGAAUCAACUGAUCCAGACGAAGAAGAAGAAAAAGAAACUUCACAGCCCUCUGAGGAUGCCAAUGGUAACGUCACUUUACCGGAAAUGGAAGGGCCCAAAACAAAUACUGGUAAAAAAACAUUGUCGUCUUCCUCCUCUUUCGAUUCCGAAGACGGUGGACUUCCAUCCAGAAAAGGUUCCAUAACUGAUGACGACGCCUACAUCAUUUCGCCUGAAUCUAGUUCUCCUAAAAAGAAAUCGAAUUUCGAGAAAACGAAACAUAAGUUGGGCAAAGGUCUUAGGAAAUUAUCCAUCACAGAUAGUUUAUUUUCACAGCCACCAGGUGGUGGUGGAAGGAGACUUUCUUUGCCUGCUUUUGCCUCAUUGCCAGACUUUAAACACAAAAACAAUAAAUCUUCGAAGACUUCAGAUGAAGAGAAGUCAGACUCUAAGUCAGGGAAUGCAGUUUAUGUAAAUAUGGUUGAUGAAAAACCUGAACUUUUUGCACCUUUAGACAAACUGAUCCCACGACCAGCCAAGUCAUUUUGUGAUACGCCUCUCUACUUAUGCUUGAGAAUGGGUAUGCCAAUAGAGAAACCACCCAUCUCACCCAACUCCAUUAUACACUAUGGUCAUAAAAUGAAGCAUGAAUACUGGUUCAGCAUCCCUAAAGACAGUGUGGAUGAUUUGUAUUUCUUCUUUUUGCGUUGGUGUCCAGAGAAAUAUGGUGAUAUAGAUAAAAUUGACAUGACAGAGCUUGGGUUUACUCCUAUAGAAAUAGAUGACGAAGACAUAUUGGAAGAAAAAGUAGCGCAUAACUACCGUAGGUCCAGCUGGGCCUUUCCUUGGCGCAGAAAGUCGAAGGAUGUUUCGGAAGUCUCUAAUAUAUCUAGUCCCGAGGGCCACGAUUGGGAGUUUUUGGAUUACAUGGGAUCACGAAUGGAAAAAGACCAUCCUCCAGAGUUGUUGACUCCUUCAAAAAUAUUGAACGAUGACCAACUUCUAGAAAUAAGCAAACACUUACCAGCCAGAGCCAUGAACCCAUGGGAGUUAAUAUACGGGACUACUGAUCAUGGUUUCAGCCUUAAAACUAUGUACAGAGCUAUGUCUAAAUAUGACAGUCCUGUCCUCAUUGUAGUGGUCAACCGUAGUGACGUUAUGUUUGGAGCAUAUCUCUCUCACACACUGCGGUUGAGUGAUCACUUCUAUGGAACAGGGGAAUCCUUUCUUUUCACAUUCUCUCCAGAAUUCAAGGUUUACAAUUGGUCUGGAGAAAACGACUAUUUCAUAAAAGGCAACACUGACAGUUUUAUAGUUGGAUCUUCAGAGGGUCAUUUUGGACUGUGGCUAGAUGAUGACUUGUUUCGUGGUCGGACCAAUUCCUGCCAGACUUUUGCUAAUGAGCCACUCUGCCCGGACGAGGAUUUUGAAGUGAAAUCUCUGGAGGCUUGGGCAUUUGUCUGACAUGAUGAGUUUGUACAGAAGCCAUGACUAUACAUAUAUAUUAUAUGUUGAUGUUAAAUCCGGUGUAUUUUUAUGUUGAAUUUUAAUUUAUUUUCCUUGUUGAACUUUUCUGUUAUAUCAGAAAAAGAAACUAAGUCUCUUUUUUGAGUG